AAGUUGUAAUCUAUUUUUAAGCGACAUUUUCCAAUUAAAAUCCCCGACCUACAGUACUCGUCAAAUGUUGGCUUCCUCUGUUGAUGAGUCCGGUGUCGAAAGUCGUCUCCUCUCCGGCGUCUCAAAUUUCUCCUCCCCGACCUCUCAAAUGGCUCCUCUCCGGCGCUCAAAAUCUGGCGAACUCUCCUGAGCUCGUCUUCGAAUCGUUAGUGCAUUGAACUGUCUGUCUUCAUCAUAGCAUUGACGACGGUCGACGGGAACUCGUCUUCUCUCUGGCGUCUCUCCUGUCCUGUUCAGCAAAAAAUAUUUAUUGAGUACAUCAUGCUGGAUAAGCCUUUAUUACAUCUAUGCUAAUCUAUGGAUAAACUUCAUUGGUGAUUUUGAAAGGCCCGGAAAUUUCCUAGUAUUUCUUGGGAAAAGUUGCUUCAUUGGUAUUUCAUUUUCUUCCAAUAACCUUUGUGGUUUGAUUCUUUUCAUAUCUACUAGGCUUUAGUUGGAGUUUCUUUGUGCUCAGCGUGAAUGAAUUUUUUAAUUGCUUCCAUGGAGGAUGAAUUAUGUGGUAAUGUUUGUUUGCUGCUUCCUGCAGUAGAUUGGUGAAAGUUGAAUUGUAAUGGUUUUUAAUGGUUCAUCAAGCCAAGACUUGGUUUUGUGCAUCUGAUCUAGGAUUUCCUUUGCCUUUUAGCGGUGAAUUAGAAAACUGGGAUUUCUUAAUACUUGUAAUGUUAAUCUCCUGCCAGGUAAAAAUUGAUGUUGCAAGUCCAGAAGCAGGUGUGAUUAAAGAGCUUGUAGCCAAAGAAGGAGAGACUAUGGAACCAUGUUUCAAAAUUGCUAUCAUUUCAAAGUCUGGUGAAGGUGUUGCUCAUGUAGCUCUGUUGGAGAAAAUACCAGAGAGGGCUGCUCCUAAGCCAUCUCUUGCUGAAAGGAUAGAAGAGGAGAAGCCAAAUCCUAAAGUUGAAACAGCACCUGUCUUGGAGAAGCAGCCUAAAUCACCGUCUCUGCCACCUACUAAGUGCUCUGCAACGGAGCCCCAGCUUCCGCCUAAGGGCAGGGAAAGAUGGGUUCCUAUGACAAGGCUACAGAAAAGGGUUGCUACAACAUUGAAGGACUCUCAGAAUACAUUUGCAAUGUUGACAACAUUCGAUGAAGUUGAUAUUGGUGCCUGUGAGGUUCUGAUCUGCUGCAUGGUGUUAUCUACAGGCAUCUGUUUUGUGGCAUCGGCUAAUGCUGCAACUGCAGCAUCUGCGGUCAUGCUUUGAGAAGGCAACCAAGCGGCUUGUUGUGAUGCAUAGUAAACUUGUUCAUGAGCAGGAUUUGCGCACUCAUAACCAUGAUUAGCAGCAACACCAGAAGCAAUCACAAUAGACCGAGAAGGGUGCUGCAAUUGAGAGUAACCAACAUACUGCUGCUGAAUUUGAUCAACAGGAAUUUGGACUAAUGUAGGAGUUGAAGUCACAGCCAUUCUAUAUACACUAGCAGACUUUCAGAUUUAGCUUGAGUUGCUGGUUUUGUGGGGUAAAUUGCCAGAAUCAAGUCUUUGUAGGCUGCAGAAGCUGCAACUACAUAUAAGUGGAACUCAUACGUGCAAUUUUUUCCUCCAUCCCAUUCUUCUGAUCCUCAAUGCGAACAUGAAUCGGUGACAAGUUUGACAGAGAAUUGCUUGAAGAAGAUGAGCCCAAGGAUGAAGUUGUUUUUACAACAGGCUAAUUUGACAUAGAAUAAUGCACAUCAUACGUCACCUCUCUGUUGUGAUUGGCCUCAGGUUGAGCGUCAAAGUUGUUAUCACUAUCAAGAUUCAGUAAGCAAUCCAUGGUGGUGUCAGAGAGCCCUCUUUGAAGUAGCCCGGAGCCAUUGCUGUUAUCCUGUCAUAUUCUUUGAUACAAGAGACUCGAGGUCUUCAUUAGCAAGCUGGUAUUUCAUUGAGAAGCCUUGGCCAUGGAGAAGAGAAUGAAAGAGGCAGAUGCAAAAAGAGGAUUGUGAUGAGUGGCGGUAAACCUUCAUGAGACUGUUAGCAAAAAUGUUUGCUGCGAGUCUAGAAGAAGAAUUCUAGACAGGCGGUGCACUAGUUUUUUGAUUCUGAGAGAGAUGGCUGCAACUUGUAUAAGGCUGGAGCAAAAUUGUGGAAUCUUGUGGAGAGGGAGAUUUCUAGAGAGAUGGGCGGUGCAUUUACUCAACAGAGAUGUGUGUCGUUGCCUAUGUAGCAGAGGGAUUUGUUGUGGGGGCGAGGGAUAAUGUGGCCACCAAAGCUGCACGUUAUUCGGAGUUUGGCACCAAGGACUGGUGGCAAAGGGUCAUCUCUUACCUGCUCUUUGCCAUCCCUAGUCCCACUCCUCUCAUAUGAUCCGCCUUCUUGGAAGAUUGAUGAUAACUGCAAGAGAAGCUUGGAGGGUAUGUUGCCUGCAAUUUAUGUCCUAACAGCUGCAAGAGAUCUCUGAGAGAUCUGCAGUUAAGCUCAAACAAAUUAAACUCCAGCAUACCCCCACCUUAUGGACUCUUCAGUAUAUCUUGCAGGUAAACUUGUCAUCAAAUUCAUUGAGUGGUUUUUUGUCUCCAAGCAUACAGAGUUAGAGGUCUUAAGAGAUCCAGAUUUGGCAAAAAAUCUCAUCAGGAAAAUUCCCACCACCCCUGAGGGCCUUCAAUCUCAAUCUCUUGAAGGUGCCAUCCCUAACACAUUUGAGGAAUUGGUAAGCUUGGUAUCCUUAGAUCUCUCUACCAAUAGUUUUAUAGGAGAAAUUUUCAAAUCAUUAGAUGUUCUCACUUAUCUUAAGAACUUCAAUAUUUUUGUAAAUGAUUUACAAGGGAAAAUUUCUAGUAAAGGUCAUUUCAAAACAUUUUUUGCUCAAUCUUUUUUAUUAAGUCACAAUUGUGCAGUUUACCAAGGCAAGGGGUUUUUCUUUAUAAUUUUGGCACCAUCAAACGAUCAAAAACACUAAUAAUGAAAUACAUUUUGUCUUCAGUCUUGUCAUUUUUAA